AUGUCUCAUAGUUGUUCCAAUGUUUCAAUCAAAGCUUCUGGUUUAGUUUUUGAUGAGUACGAAUUUCAGGAAAAACCUCAUGUACCUGAACCAGCGUGUGAUCUUUCAAAGAACAGAUUUACUGAAAUUCCUCCUGAUGUCUGGCUGUUUGCACCACUGGAAACUUUAAAUUUGUAUCACAACUGCAUCAAAUCCAUUCCAGAAUCUAUUAAAAACUUGCAAAUGCUUACCUACCUUAAUAUUAGUCGAAAUCUUUUAUCAACGUUGCCAAAAUACCUGUUUGAUCUUCCACUUAAAGUUCUGGUUGUCAGUAAUAAUAAGCUGGUCUCCAUUCCAGAAGAAAUUGGAAAGUUGAGAGAUCUAAUGGAGUUGGAUAUUAGCUGCAAUGAACUUCAGGUUCUUCCCCAGCAGAUAGGAAAAUUGCAGUCACUUAGAGAAUUAAACAUAAGAAGAAAUAAUCUCCAUAUGUUGCCAGAUGAAUUAGGAGACCUUCCCUUGGUAAAGCUGGAUUUUUCUUGUAAUAAAAUUACAGAAAUUCCAAUUUGUUACAGGAAGUUACGUCACUUACAAGUUAUAGUUUUGGAUAACAAUCCAAUGCAGAUACCACCAGCACAGAUAUGUUUAAAGGGUAAAGUACAUAUAUUUAAAUUCCUCAGCAUUCAGGCGUGCCUCAGAAUAGAUAAAAAACCAGAUUCUUUGGAUCUUCCGUCAUUAGGUAAACGAAUCCCCUCCCAGCCACUCACAGACAGCAUUGAAGACUUUUAUCCCAAUAAAAAUCAUGGACCAGACUCUGGCAUUGGAAGUGAUAAUGGGGAUAAAAGAUUGUCCACAACAGAACCAUCUGAUGAUGAUACAAUCAGCCUUCACUCCCAGGUAUCAGAAUCAACAAGGGAACAGACGUUAAGGAAUGACAGUCAUGUAACGGGAAGUAAACUUGAUCCACAGAAAGACCAGGAGGUGUAUGACUACAUUGAUCCAAAUGUGGAAGAAGGAGCUGCUGUUCCUGAGCAAGGAGAUGUACAGACUGGACCAUUGCUGUCUUAUAUCAAGGAUCGAGGAAAACAUCCUGAGAAAUCCCAGAAAAUAGAACAGAAUGAGGACUGGGGAGAUGAAAAAAGACUUCAGAAAGAACAGCUGCUGGCUGAAGAUGAUGAUGAGCUCAAAGAAGUGACUGACUUGAGAAAAAUAGCAGCUCAGUUACUGCAGCAAGAACAAAAACACAGACGAAGGCCCUUAAGCUAUAGAACUUCAUUCAGUGAAAAACUCUUCCAGAGGACAAGGGCGGCAGGACGUGCAUCAAGGCUUCUUAAUCAUUCAGUUUCAGUAAGCACAAGGAACAGGCCGAAGCAGCCAAUGGAAUCUGAAAAAUGUGUCUCAACAGAUGAAGUGAAUUCCCCAGUGUCCCCAUACAGCUGGCAGCCGCUGGAAAACCAGAAGGAUUCAAUGGAUGAGCAGCAUUGGCCAGAAACACAGCCAGUGAUUUGGCAAAAUGAAGAAAGAAGGAGAAGUAAACAAAUUAGAAAAGAGUAUUUCAAGUAUAAGUCUUCCAGAAAGAGUUCAAGUGGAAAUGAAAAUGAUGAGCAAGACAGUGAUCAUACUAAUGUGUCUCCACAGUCUCCUGUGUCGUCUGAGGAUUAUGAAAGAACAGAUGGUAACACUCAUGGUCCAUUUGGUCUCAAACCAAGGUCAGCUUUCAGCCGUGCAUCUCGCCAGGACUAUGGUGCAGUGGAUCCUGGAUUUACGAUGAGGAGGAAAAUGGAGCAUUUAAGGGAAGAAAGGGAACAAAUAAGGCAGCUUCGCAAUAAUCUUGAAUCAAGGUUGAAAGUAAUUUUGCCAGAUGACAUUGGAGCAGCGUUGAUGGAUGGAGUGGUCCUUUGCCAUUUAGCCAAUCAUAUAAGGCCACGUUCUGUUGCCAGCAUUCACGUACCAUCGCCAGCAGUGCCUAAACUCAGUAUGGCAAAGUGCCGAAGAAAUGUCGAAAACUUUCUUGAUGCUUGUAAAAAAUUGGGCGUUCCACAGGAGAGACUUUGCUUGCCUCAUCACAUUCUGGAGGAAAGGGGUCUGGUGAAGGUUGGCCUCACAGUUCAAGCUCUGCUUGAAUUGCCAGCGUUGAAAGUAUCUCAGCUUUCCUCCAUGUGACAUGGCUUCUUGGAAGCUAGACAACGUACUAUUCGCUCUGUUGAUUUGGAUUGCUCUGAGGCAGUUCAGCUUCCUACAUGGGAACAUCCAAGCCAUCAAAAACUAGUAUCUGUCCAGAUGCUGUAGAGAGCCUUAUUUGGAGUUGUACGUGAAAACCUUGGAGUCAGCUGACAGUUCAAAGAACAUAAUUAUUCCUUUUUUCCUUUUGUAAUUGGAUGCACAAAGAGAUUGUGGUAGCAUCAGUUUCUCUUUCUGGUUAAUUUAAGUUAAAAGCUGCCAUUUAACAUCUCACAGUGUUACAGUUAAAUGUUGUAUUUCUUUUCCUACAUCGAAAAUGUUGUUUGAAUUAUUUUAGAAGUACAAAGCACACCCUCCCCCCCUUAAUCUUUCAAGUCAAUCAUUUGAUUUAA